UUGUCACAUAGUGGAGAUCAUGGCGGAAACUGCGAUGUGACAAACGUCCUUUACACCGAUGCCUUCCGGAUAAUAAUAAUAAUAAUAAUAAUAAUAAUAAUAAUAAUAAUAAUAAUUUAACCUUUGGGUUUUUUCUUGCUUAGCUUUUUUAAAAGAAAUCCGUAUUGGACGAGAACAUGUGCGACGCCACUAGUAAGGCUGGAAAACAGCCGGAUGGCUGCUCCUGGAGGCAUAUUCUCUGCAGCGCUUAGGUGGUCACAAGACUUGGACAUCGGUGAACAAAAAGAUCGACACGCUGACAGACAACGCCUGGAAGAAUUUGCUGAAGACAACUGUGUCCACUCUCCAGGACAUAAGCAUCUUUUACUACUAAACUAACAGUGAAGUCAUGCAGGUGGAGAGGAAAUGGCACAUACUGUUGACUAUCUUCUUUCUGCUCAUUACCUCGGGCCAGUGUAUGGACAGCAAGGAUGUCAAGCAGAAAGAAAGAAGGACCCUGUUGGAUCUAAUCUUACAGGUUAUCAGAGACAGCCAGCAACAGGACAAACCCGUCUCCAGGCGCUGUAGCAGUGGACUCUUCACUUCAGCCCAAGACAUGAAGUUCUCCUCCCGUGAAAAGCCUUUCUAUGUUCCUAGGCUGGAUAACAGUAGACUCAUAGAAAUUGUUCCUAGAGAUGUAAACAUGAAAGGGAAAUUCAUUCAGCAUUUUACAGCAGGACCAGUCAAGUUCUCCUCGGAAUGCAGAACACACUUUCAUAGAAUUUAUCACAACACAAGGGAUUGCUCGAGACCAGCACAUUACAAAAGAUGUGCAAGAUUGCUAACACGAUUAGCAAUGAGUCCACUGUGCAUGCAAUCUUAGAUUAUGCAUGUCCCCAAACAAUGAAAGAGGGAUUAAUGAGUUGCCAAGGAAGUGCCUUCAAAUCCACAGCAGUCAUAUAAACAUUGUCGUUUUUAUGGUGUUUCUAUUUUUUUGUUGUUGUGGUUGUCAUAAUUGAAAAUGCUGAUGGACAUUGUUGGUUGUUUUUCAAUGGAGUUGCUUUUUAUUUACCUGUGUGUACCAUAUAUUUGUAAGGAUUAAUUUAAUAUUAAAUACACCUAUUUAUUGAAAGGGUAGGCCUAUGUAAAUAAUAAUUUCACAAUCAUUCAAAAUCUGAUUAUUUUGGUUAUAAAAGUUAUAACGAUUGAGAGGAAGCAUUUCUUUUUUUUCCUCCUUGUAUAUGAACUCCUCUUUCACUUUUUUGGUCUAAAAGAUUUGUCAUGCUCCGUCUCUGUCUUCAUCACAUUUUAUUUGGCACUUGAGUGAUUGCUGAGAUCAUAUGGAAAGACAACAGUGGUGAUAAUGCACUGCAGUACUGAACAAUAAAGAAUAUUGAAGCACA